UUAGCUGACACUUUUUAUAUUGAUGCUGUCUUGGAUCUUUUGGAGAAGGGAGAAAAAAAAACUUUAGCAAAUCAGUUCUUUCAUUCAUCAGUGGAAUUUGACGGUGGGGGGGGGUGCUAUUUUAGCUAGGCUUUUUGACAAUCCCUGAUUUAAUGUUUUUGCUGUGGUGAGGACAGUAGCUUCACAAAUUUUGUGAAAAUCUGAGCAAUGGAGGGUGUUGUUCAGGGGGAAACAGAGUGCAGUUGUUUAAAUAAUCCUGGGCCAAUAAGCAUUUAGUAGGUGGAGUUACUGUUAUGUGCAUUUACAGAGCAAAAUAAUUCUGAAUGAAGACUUUAAACACCACACGUGCAGACGGGCUCUGGUUCUGCUCUUUGUGAGAACAAAACAAGUGUGACUAGGUGACUAGGUUUUGCUUACUGUCCACUGGUGACUGCAGCUUGCUUGAUAAGAUUUUUAAAAAUAUACAUGUAAAGGAUUUAUCAGAAGCCUUAUGAAUAUUUCAUGAGUUGAUAUAUUCAACUGAAUGAAUUCAGUGAAUGUCAGUGUGUAGCUUGCAGACGAACCUCAUCCACAAGGAGGCUACUGACAUAGGAAGCACUUUGGCGCAUUUUCAGAGGCAAAGCCAGGCUGAUAAAGCUCCUUGUGACAGCCUGACUUGCCAUUCUUCGAGUAUGCUGCUCUUGCUCUAAGCAGCUCAUACAUUGGAGCCUCAGCUUCCUAAAUUAAACUGGAAAUAGUUUGCAGACUUACCAGCCUUCUAACCUGCAGCUGUAUCUCUGGUAUGUUUGAGGUUUUUGUUUUGGAUGGUGAAAGCUAGCCCUCCACAUAAGACAUGACAGCAAAAGAUUCUUCCAAGGAACUUACUGCUUCUGAAUCUGAGGUUUGCAUAAAGACUUUCAAGGAGCAAAUGCACUUGGAACUUGAGCUUCCGAGACUACCGGGAAACAGACCUACAUCUCCUAAAAUUUCUCCACGCAGUUCACCAAGGAACUCACCAUGCUUUUUCAGAAAGUUGCUGGUGAAUAAAAGCAUUCGGCAGCGUCGUCGCUUCACUGUGGCUCAUACAUGCUUUGAUGUGGAAAAUGGCCCUUCCCCAGGUCGGAGCCCGCUGGACCCCCAGGCCAGCUCUUCCUCUGGGCUUGUCCUCCAUGCCACCUUCCCUGGGCACAGUCAGCGCAGAGAGUCCUUUCUCUACAGGUCAGACAGCGACUAUGACUUGUCACCAAAGGCGAUGUCGAGAAACUCUUCACUUCCAAGCGAGCAACAUGGCGAUGACUUGAUUGUGACACCUUUUGCCCAGGUCCUUGCCAGUUUGCGAAGUGUGAGAAACAACUUCACUGUACUGACCAACCUUCAUGGAACAGCCAACAAGAGGUCCCCAGUGGCUAGUCAGCCUCCUGUCUCCAGAGUCAACCUGCAAGAAGAAUCUUAUCAAAAAUUAGCAAUGGAAACGCUGGAGGAAUUGGACUGGUGCUUAGACCAGCUAGAGACCAUACAGACCUACCGUUCCGUCAGCGAGAUGGCUUCUAACAAGUUCAAAAGGAUGCUGAACCGGGAGCUGACACACCUCUCAGAAAUGAGCCGAUCGGGGAACCAGGUGUCUGAAUACAUUUCAAACACUUUCUUAGACAAGCAGAAUGAUGUGGAGAUUCCAUCUCCCACCCAGAAAGACAGAGAGAAAAAGAAAAAGCAACAACUCAUGACACAGAUAAGCGGAGUGAAAAAACUGAUGCAUAGUUCGAGCUUAAACAAUACAAGCAUCUCACGCUUUGGAGUCAACACAGAAAAUGAAGAUAAUCUGGCCAAGGAGCUGGAAGACCUGAACAAAUGGGGCCUUAACAUCUUCAAUGUGGCUGGAUAUUCACACAAUAGGCCCCUAACAUGCAUCAUGUAUGCCAUAUUCCAGGAAAGAGACCUCCUAAAGACUUUCAAAAUCUCCUCUGAUACAUUUGUAACUUACAUGAUGACUUUAGAAGACCAUUACCAUUCUGAUGUAGCAUAUCAUAACAGCCUACAUGCUGCUGAUGUAGCCCAGUCAACCCAUGUUCUUCUUUCAACACCAGCAUUAGAUGCCGUCUUCACAGAUUUGGAAAUCCUGGCUGCCAUUUUCGCAGCUGCGAUCCAUGACGUUGAUCAUCCCGGAGUGUCCAACCAGUUUCUCAUCAACACAAAUUCAGAACUUGCUUUGAUGUAUAAUGAUGAAUCUGUGUUGGAAAACCACCAUCUGGCCGUGGGUUUCAAACUACUGCAAGAAGAGCACUGUGACAUCUUUCAGAAUCUCACCAAGAAGCAGCGUCAGACGCUCAGGAAAAUGGUUAUCGACAUGGUGUUAGCAACUGAUAUGUCCAAACAUAUGAGCCUGCUGGCAGACCUGAAGACAAUGGUGGAAACAAAGAAAGUUACAAGCUCAGGUGUUCUUCUGCUGGACAACUAUACUGAUCGCAUACAGGUCCUUCGCAACAUGGUACACUGUGCAGACCUGAGCAACCCCACCAAGUCAUUGGAAUUGUAUCGGCAAUGGACAGACCGCAUCAUGGAGGAAUUUUUCCAGCAGGGAGACAAAGAGCGGGAGAGGGGAAUGGAGAUUAGCCCAAUGUGUGAUAAGCACACAGCUUCUGUGGAAAAAUCUCAGGUUGGUUUCAUUGACUACAUUGUCCAUCCACUGUGGGAGACCUGGGCAGAUCUGGUGCAGCCUGAUGCCCAAGACAUUCUGGAUACACUAGAAGAUAACAGGAACUGGUAUCAGAGCAUGAUCCCCCAGAGUCCCUCCCCACCGCUGGAUGAGCAGAACAGGGACUGCCAGGGGCUGAUGGAGAAAUUUCAAUUUGAACUGACCCUUGAAGAGGAGGAUUCUGAAGGACCUGAAAAAGAGGGAGAGGGCCACAGCUAUUUCAGCAGCACAAAGACACUUUGUGUGAUUGACCCAGAAAAUAGGGAUUCACUGGGAGAGACUGAUGUAGACGUUGCCACAGAAGACAAGUCCCCGAUUGACACAUAAUCUCCCUCAGUGUAGAGAUGGACAUUCCACCCCUGACAAGCAUGCCAGCUAUAUGGUAGGGCCAGCCCACCCCAGGGGCCAAGGCCUGCACAGGACAAGGGCCAUGUGGCUUUUCCAGUUACUUGAGUUUGGAGCCAGAGUGCAAGACCGUGAAGCAAAUAGCAGCUCAGGAAAUUCCACGGUUGACUUGCCUUCCUUGCAAGCUUGGUGGAGAGCUGAAGCUUUAUGUGGUACUGGAGGCCAAGUUCAGAUCAUGACUAAUGGCUUGAAAAUAGAAGACACAAAACUGAGAGAUUUUUCUGCACUAAGUUUUGGGAAUCUGUCCCUGCUAGUGACUGAACUAAUACGUUCAUUUAUAAAUCUGCUCACCUGUCCCUUUGUCUGCCAACCUGUGUGCCUUUUUUUGUAAAACAUUUUCAUGUCUUUAAAAAUGCCUGUUGAAUACCUGGAGUGUAGUAUCAACUUCUACACAGAUAAGCAUUCAAAGCUGACAAACUUUUUUGACUCUUUCUGAAAAAAAAGGAAAGAAAAUGGUCUUCCUUCUUUCUUGGGCAAUAUCUUUCACUUUACUACAGUUACUUUUGCAAAUAGAAAGGAUACACUUCUAACCACAUUCUACUUCCUUUCCCUGUUGUUCCUUCCAAGUCCACAGUUGCCCUACAACUUAUCUCUGUUUGCCUGCUUUGAACAGUGUUUUUUCUCCUCUGGAGUUUUACAUUUUUGCUCUCAACAGAAUAAAGUUGAACAAAUGCAGGGGUAGGAAGAGGUGGUUGUGUUGUUCACAGUUACAGUCUGUGUGAAAAGCAGCCUAAAAAGGCAGUGUGUCGUGUGGUGUCCACUGGGAGUCGCACGGCCCUGUCCUGUCCUCUCCCUCCUCUCUUCACUCUCACACCCAGUUACGCCAUUUCCAAUUCAAUGCUGCCAUCUCUCUUGCACUGCCUUCCUGCUAACACCUCCAUUUCUGUUUAUAACCGUGUAUUUAUUACUUAAUGUAUAUAAUGUAAUGUUUUGUAAGUUAUUAAUUUAUAUAUAUCUAACAUUGCCUGCCAAUGGUGGUGUUAAAUUUGUGUAGAAAACUCUGCCUAAGAGUUGCAACUUUUCUUGUAAUGUUUUGUAUUGUGUAUUAUAUAACCUGAACAUCGCUGAGAGAGACAUAGGGCCCCGUCACCAGUGAAGACACAGUGGGCUUUUACUCAGAGGGCCUGCCCUUUUACCAGUCUGAGUUGCUAAUACUGUGUAACCCUUUACAAACCAGUUUUGGAAACAGGAUUCUCACAUUACAUACUAAAUGGUUUAUAUGAGCUUUUACUUUUGUAUAGUUUCAUAGGGAUGGGGGGCAACAAGAUAUGGUUUUCACCCUGUUCUAUCCAACUCUACGUAUGCAUGAGUUGGGUAACAACUGGGUUUUACUAUAAUCGUGGCUUCAGUUUAAAAAGCAACACUACAUUUGUGCACAGAUGGUUCUGAGUGUUACCAGACUACUGACUUUGCAAAGAAAGCCUCCUGCCUGCCAUUAAGCAGGAAUGUCAUGUUCCAAUUAAUUACAAAAAGAAAACAAUAAAACAAUGUGAAUUUUUUAAUACAAUGUGAAAUAAUGUAGUAAAUUAUGCAAAUGUGAAGCUUCUGAUAACACUUGUUAGGUCUCUUAUUGGCUUCAGUCUCAGUUUGUAGAAUAUAUUUCAUGCGUUCAGUUCAGCAUUGUGACACAUAGUUAAAGAAAUGGCACAAACGUGCAUGACCAAUGGGUUUGUAUGUCUAUGAACACUGCAUUAUUUCAGGUGGACAUUUUAUUGUUUCCCAAAGUAUCUCACAAUGUAUGUUGUAGUACUAUUAUUAUAUAUUGUGUUCAAAUGCAUUCUUAAGAGACUUUUCUAUGAGGUGAAUAAACAAAAGCAUGAUUAGA